AGAAUGGAAUCGGUCAGAGUGACAAUGAGCGGUAUGAUGUUGAUAUCGUGAGUGUCGAAAGCGCAAAAGGAGAAAGCUCUGUGGCUCUACAAGAUGUUGACGUAUGACGUGGAAAGCUGUGAUUUUCAGAGUAGGGCUCCGGAUAAAGGUGUCAUCUCGUGUCUCGUUUGACAUAGAGGCUGUGGGGUUAAGGGAUAACGUCCCAGGAGUGGUAGACGCACGUCGCUUGAAUUAAAUGAUGGAUGGAAAGAAGGAGCAAAGCCUAUCGGUUUGAUUAAGUGGUUCACCCGAUUUAUGUCAAACGUGGAAAUGUGAGAUGACCUUCCUUGCCAUGGUACUGACAGACAUCUGACAGAAGGUGCAGCCUGGCAUGAGGAUGACUGAGAAUGGGGAGGACAGCAGCCCCUCUCAGCCUGAUGGAGUGUUACCUCGUGGAGCUCCUGGUGGGAAGGAUCCAGGAGUUGGCAGUGACAAGAGGCCAGUGAACCCCUCUACAGAGGACAACAAACCCACCAAGCUCAUCGACACCCUGCAAUUCCCUCAGGAUGUACAAGACCAAAGCAGCAAGACCAGUCUCUACCAGCCGCGACCGCCCCUGCUGCCCAAGCCCCUUGCACUGUCGAAGGGAGGGAAGAGCGGUUCGAUGGAGGAGGUGAGAAGCAGAAGACUUAAGCACAGCCAGGAGAGUCUGACUGACCCAGCUGAGACUGGUUCCUCCACAGACUCUCUUAAGGAGGACUCGACAGUUACAGGUGUGUUCACCUUGAGCGGUGCUGCCACCUUAAGGAACGGACAGGGCUCCAUCGUUGGACCCCUCUUAACUCCUACAGGGUCCCCUGUCUUCAGGGCCAGGGGCCAGAGCCUCUCCGAGUAUGAGAGGAGGCCCCACGACCACCACGGUGACCCAGUGGAGCAGCGGGGGAGGCCCUUUAAGGUACGCCUCUCUCCCUUACAGCCAUCGGGUCCACUUCCUGCUCUGGAGCAGACCUUGGCGUCAGAGUCCUUAAGGACGGCUAAUCGGAUUGACAGGGAUUGCGUGGAUUAUGGCAUUGUGCCGGGGAGAGCUGGGCCUGAGAGGCUGCACCUGCACAGGAACCUGAGCGACAGCCGGCUUCUGGAUAACAUGGUGUUGGACAACACCUCUGUCAACUCCAUGAAGUCCACCUUCAGCGUGUUGAACCCUAUCAGACCCAGGGACGUCAGGAACAGGAGUUUUCUGGAGGGCAGCGUGCUAGGCAGUGGUGCCCUUCUGGGCGCUGAGGAGCUGGACCGCUAUUUCCCAGAGAGGAGAGUUGGCAUCUACAUAGCCACAUGGAACAUGCAUGGAGAGAAGGGACUUCCAAACAACCUAGAUGAUCUGUUGCUUCCGACAGACUCUGAAUUUGCACAAGACUUUUACAUCAUCGGAGUCCAGGAGGGAUGUCCAGACCGGAGGGAAUGGGAGAUCCGUCUUCAGGAGACUCUGGGGCCGUACUACGUCAUGCUCUACGCAGCCUCCCACGGGGUUCUCUACCUCACUGUGUUCGUCAGGAGAGACCUCAUUUGGUUCUGCUCAGAAGUGGAGCAUGCCACGGUCACAACACGCAUCAUGUCUCAGAUUAAAACCAAAGGAGCCGUGGGGAUCGGCUUCACCUUCUUUGGCACUUCCUUCCUCUUCAUCACCUCCCAUUUUACCUCUGGAGAUUCCAGAGUGUACGAGAGGAUUCUGGACUACAACAAGAUCGUUGAAGCACUUGCUCUGCCUAAAGUUCUUCCAGACACCAACCCUUACCGCUCCACAUCCUCGGAUGUGACAACACGGUUUGAUGAGGUUUUUUGGUUUGGGGACUUUAACUUCCGCCUGAGUAAAGACCGUGUGGAGGUAGAGGCCCUUCUAAACCAGAACCAGGGUGUGGACAUGGGUCCUCUUCUCCACCAUGACCAACUCUCCAAGGAAAUGAAGGAUGGUUCCAUCUUUAAAGGCUUCCAGGAAGCACUGAUUCAGUUCCUCCCCACCUACAAAUUUGACGUUGGCUGUGACGUGUAUGACACCACCUCUAAGCAGAGAACUCCCUCAUACACAGACAGAAUACUGUUCAGGAACAGGCAGGUGGGUGACAUCAAAGUGAUAAAGUACACCAGCUGUUCAAUGAUCAAGACGUCAGACCACCGGCCUGUCAUCGGCAUGUUCCAGGUCAAACUCCGUCCUGGAAGAGACAAUAUUCCUCUGGGAGCGGGCCAGUUUGACAGGAGUCUGUACCUGGAGGGCAUCAGGAGGAGGAUCACCAGAGAGCUGAAGAAGAGAGAAGCCACGAAGGACCAGGGCAGCAGCACCAUCUGCUCCAUCUCCUGAACCUGGACCAGAAUCAAUCUGACCCAGCCAUGAGGGACCAAAGGGAACCAGUCUUGUGGUUCCACUUCCAGCCCAGUCUGUGGGAGAAUCUGUUGGUUUUUGUCCGAGGCCUUGCAUCCUCGCCUGCUUUUGAAAAAAGGUCAAAGGUAAUCGAGGAGAGGAAACGUAGAAACAAAUGUGCUUGUAUGAAAUGACUCUCGUUCUCCACUUGUGUGUCAUCAGGCAAAUUACGUUGACGGGUAGAAUCCCCAAAUAAAUGUGUAAAUGGAUACAAAUUUAGCUAGUUGUGCGAAACAUUUUCUAGAUAAAAGUAGCGUAUAGUUUUUAAAUGUGUGCAUACUUUUCUCCUUUGAGAAAACAACAGCUGAUUCAAAAGGGGUGUGGUGGAUAUUAAAACACUAGCCCAGAAUACUAUUGUGCAACCUCUGCUGAAGUAAGUAAUGAGCAGACUCCUCCGUUCGCCUACUAACGAAUUGACACUCUCCUCGACCACUUAUCGCUUUCCGGGUCAGGGAGGAGAGGACGGACUUUUGUCUAAUUGAGAAUCUCCCUGUGAGUCAUGGAAGUCACGUAGGCUGAUCCAUGAGCGCCCCCUACUGAGAGCUGUUGGAACUGUCACUCAUGUGGUUUUUUUGGGGGGGGGGGCUGUUCUCAAAGGCAGGGACCUUGAGUUCAGACAGACUCCAGUCUGCAGACUCUGCAGUAAACGGGUCUAUUUAUACAGACCUAUAAACAAGACUGAACUGGGGAACCUGACAUUGAAGAUUGAAAGGUAAUCAGUCACCCGUGUGUGCUGGUUGACUGAUGUUGCUCUGAGUAUACUGUACUUAAUACGUUCUUUUUUUGUUGUUUUGAUUUUGUACAUUUAUUUAACAAGCCAGGAUGAUAUGGUCCAUAUGUAAUGUCACUUUUUACUUGGUGUACCUGUAUUCAAAGGCCUUGUCAAUGCAUUUUCAUCAAACAGCUCUUUCUUUGAUAUACCAAACCUUUGGGGUGUUCUUGGAUUUCCUCCAGUAAAGAAACUGACCCAUGAUUUCACAGAAAUGGACUUAUCCCUAUCAAAUUUAAGGGGAAUUUGUUAUUUUGAUGUUGCUUGAUGAACAUACAUUUCCUGCAAGUAUGGUGCUUAUUGAAUUAAGGCAUGGUGGCUUUUCUGGCAUUGUAUAAAAAAACAUGUGAUAUUUGUGAAAUAUCUUGCUUAUUAACAUAUUGUUUAAUAUCUCGCAUAAUGGAUACAGAACCAUCCUUUGCAAUGGUGAUGUGGAUCGUGUUGGAGCGGUUGAACUCUGGUUCAUUGCCUUAAUGUCAUCUGUCGUGACUAAAUUAAAUACUCAUGUAACUUAAUCACAAAAAAAUAUAUACUUUCCAUGUACUGUAUUGUGCUAACGAGGGGAAGAAGAUUCAUUGCAUGGAGAUCAAUGGUUCUGGUGUAAUGGUGAAUCAUGAGUUCUCAUUCACUUUAACGCUCAGGGCAAGUGCCUGUGAUCUUGUUUGUGAUUUUUCUCAGGACUCCAUAUCUGUGGGUCUUUUAUAACAUGAUUUGUGAUGUAACAUCACAUAAGCUGUUUGGAAUGCUAUUUCUGUUUUAUUUUUGAGAUUGUGAAACAAAUGUCUUCUUCUGUCAUCUGAAGUGGACAUUAAAUAUCCCUCAAAGAAUGGCAGUAUAAUUGUUUUAUAAAUGCUAAUUCAUGGCAAUAAUUCUUAAUUCACCAGAAACAAAUCUCCAAUUGGGCUGAAUACAGAUACACAUAUGGGUCAUCACAUUCAUUAUUUUCACUUUCAAGGACGCAGAGAAACCUUGGUUUGAAAUUAAAUUUAAGAUUGUGGCAGUAUUCUGAAACAAAGUGAAAAAGCUAAAUACAUGAUUACAAUGUAGAGAAGACACAUACCACUAUAUAGCGAUAUAGUUUUGGAAAUGAGAAAUAAAUGUAAAGAUUUCUCUGGCACCUGAAAUGAUAUCAGCUCACACACACAGUACGAUAUACAUUGAGUGUACAACACAUGAACACCUGCUCUUUCCAUGACAUACUGCCCAGGUGAAAGCUACUAUCACCUGUUAAAUCUGCUUCAAUCAGUCUGGAGAUGAAGGGGACAGGUUGAAGUAUUUUUAAGCCUUGAGGCAAUUGAGACAUGGAUUGAGUAUGCGUGACAUUCAGAGGGCGAAUGGGCAAGACAAAAUAUUUAAGUGCCUUUGAAUGGGGUCUGGUAGUAGAUGCCAGGUGUACCGGUUUGAGUGUGUCAAAAACUGCCAUGCUGCUGGGCUUUCCAAGCUCAACAGUUUCCCAUGUAUGAAAGAAUGGUUCACCACUCAAAAGACAUCCAGCCAAGUUGACAAUUGUGGGAAGCAUUGGAGUCAACAUGGGGCCAGCAUCCCUGUGGAACACUUUCAACACCGUGUAGGGGGGUGAAACUCAAUUAGGAUGGUGUUCUUAAUAUUUUGUACACUUUGUAUACACAGAUGUCAAAACAGUGAUAUAGUGGGUUGAAUGAAAGAAUAUAGCUUAGAAUACUAUAACUACACAGCAUCAUACAGGAGGUCUAAUUUCAGUCUGGAUAAGUGGAAAUCAAUGUGUACCUAUCUUCAAGAAACAGCCUCAAUGUUGGUGACACUAAUCCAAACAUCUCAUUAUCUCUGCUGUACACAGGUGACUAACUCAGCCAUAUGUGUAAGGGACAUUUUGACAGAAGUGCUUGCAGUUAGUCAGAUACGUCUCUCUUAGUAUUGUCACCGUCUGCUGAAGAUGACAAGGCUUUGGGUGAGACUCCAGCCUCUGAAAUGUAAUU